GAAGAGCUCCAAAAUAUGACAACUAAAAAAGAACUGAGGGAGUACAUAAUAGAGAGAUUUAUCUCUAGGAGCUAGUAAAGUCACUUGGCACUCUGUACUUGUCUGACUCUUUGACAGUGUUGCCGCUCUUAUUUAUAAAAUUUAAUUAAAAAAACAAAUACCCAACUUAAAUUAUCAUCUCAUUUCUCUAGUGAAAUCUAUAAUCUAGGUAAUAUUAUAUAUAUUCCGUAAUAUAAUUUAAAACUCAUCAAGAUAGUCCAGACGAGAAUGGAAAUGUGACCUAACAGUGUCUACUUGUAUCAAAACCAUUGAUGGAUUCAUUAUAAUAUAGUUAGUUCCUAAUAUCCACAGAACCACAGCAUCUGCUAUUUCUCUAAUACUCUAUGUAGAUAAGUAUAAACUAAUCAUAAAUUUAAUACACACAUAUAUAUAAAUAUAUAAUGUACCAAAUAUAUAAUAAUUGUUCCCUAUCUAAAGCAGUAUAUCCAACCCUAUGCACCGUAGACGCUCGUGACGAGGACAAACGUUAAAGUAACGUCUUCGAUGAAAAACACCCACCCAAACCGGUGGGGCCCACAGUCUCCUCCACCGCUCUUGUACUUGAUAUAACCAACCAAGCAAAGAAUGCUUUCCAUCUUUCUUGUUAACUCUCUCUCUCUCUCUCUCUCUCUCUCUCUCUCUCAAUUCGCAAUUCUUAAACAGCAUCAUCAUCAUCGUUGCACUUCCAAAUUCCAAUGGCUCCACUUCUUCUCUUCUCUCUCCUCAUCCUCUUCCCGUUCUGUUCCUCCUCCGACGAAACUCCCAAAAUAACCCUCCAGCUAAACCACGUCAAGCUCACUUCCCACCGAGACCCGUUCCACUACCUCGCGACCCUCGUUAACGCCUCUCUGCUCCGCGCCCGGCACAUUCGAAAUCACCAAACUACUCCUAAACUAUCCGAAGCCCCUCUCUAUCCUCACGCCUACGGCGGCUACUCCUUCUCCCUAGGUUUCGGUACCCCUCCCCAACCUAUCCCCGUCUUACUCGACACCGGCAGUGACGUCACCUGGAUCCCUUGUACCAGUUCCUAUUCCUGCCGUAAAUGCUCCUCCCCUUCAAACCCUAUUCCCAAAAUACCCACCUUCUUCCCAAAACGCUCCUCCUCCGUCCGCCUCCUCGGCUGCAAAAAUCCAAAAUGCUCCUGGUUUCAUUCCCAAGAUACCCUCGACUCAUGCCGAGAUUGCCCCUCGAAUUCAUCCACUCAAUGCCCUAAACUCUGCCCACCUUAUAUAAUAAUCUACGGAUCCGGAUCAACGGCUGGGAUCCUCCUAUCCGAAACCCUAGAUCUCGGCGAUCGGACGGUGGAGAACUUCACCGUUGGAUGCUCCGUCUACUCCAUUGCGCAGCCGGCCGGCGGCAUCGCCGGCUUCGGCCGUGGCGUCGUCUCCCUCCCGGCGCAGGUCGGCGCCAAGCGCUUUUCAUACUGCCUCGUUUCCCGCCGAUUCGACGACGUCGACGGCAAAGCCGGAUCCGUCGUCAUCGGCGGUGAACAAGAAGAUUCCGCCGCCGGCCUUAGUUUCACUCCGAUGAGAAAAAACCCUAAUAUCAAGCCGGGAUCGGCGGCGUCCGUGUACUACUACGUGGAUCUGAAGAAGAUCACGGUCGGAGGGAAGAAGGUAAAGAUAAAAAAGAAAACCCUGGUUCCGAAAGAGGACGGAAGUGGGGGAACGAUCGUGGAUUCAGGGACGACGUUUACGUACCUGGAUGCGGCGCUGAUGGAGGCGGUGGCGGCGGCGUUCGAGAAGGCGGUGGCGGGAAGGUACAAUAGAUCGGAGAUUGUGGAGACGGCGACGGGUCUGAGACCGUGCUUCGAGAUCAGUUCAUCACCGGGGACGGUGCUGGAGUUGCCGGAGCUAGGGUUUGAUUUCAAGGGUGGAGCGGAGCUGCGGCUUCCCGUUGAAAACUGCUUCGUGAUAGCCAAUGAUCCGGCGGUAGGAUCGGCGGCGUGCUUGGCGGUGAUCGGAGGUGAGAAGGACGGCGAGAGCGCGGUGGAGCCGGCGGUGAUCUUGGGGAGCUUUCAACAGCAAAACUAUGAAGUGGUUUAUGAUCUGGAGCGGGAGCGGAUCGGGUUUCAACGCAAACCUUGUUUGAAUUCUUAGCGGAUCUAAACCGCUUAACGGAUCCUUAGCGGAUUCGUGUCUGGAUUCCAAAGCUGGUGUGACUAAUUUUAUUGCGGAAAUUGAUUUAUUAUGAAUAAUAAAUGUAGUUAAAUCUUUUGGGUUUAGUGUAAUUAUCAUUGUUUGGCAAAAAAAAGAAAAAAAUGCUUUGGUU